GAGUAAGAAUUGUUUUUUUAGUACGUUUCAAAAAUGUCUGUGUCAUUAAUUGAGAUCGGUUUGCCAGAACUUCAGGAGUAUCAGAGACAUUUCACCAAAGACUGGCCCAAAUAUUGCCAGGAAUAUUAUUGUCUGGAUAACUUUAUAAAUUUUCUAAAAAGCCAACCAAAUAUUCAAAACCUAAAAGCCUACACACUAACACAAGAGAAGGCCAAGACAGAGGGCGUGUUUUUAAUUGUGGAUCGCUAUCAGUUGUUUGUUGGUGGCUUAAACAACAACACAAAUGGCCUAGUUCAACGGGCUUUGGAAGUCCUGGACUGGUCGAAGGGCUUAAAGUGCAGCUCCAUCCCCAUGCGACAUGCCCAAGCCCUGGAAAAUGUCAUUAAAGAAAAAGAUCUAAAAAUAAUAUUCAAAGAUCCAACAAAUUUAUAUUAUCUUAAAGCAGAAGAGGCCCUCAAACUAAAAGUGGAACCUCCACGUGGAUUCCAUUUCAAAACCCUUGAUGUAAAAGAUGCUCAGUUGGUUAACGAAGCAUGGCCAAAUCGUCAUUUGGGUUCAUUGUAUUUUAUUCAACGUCAGAUACGCUUAUCAGUAAAUGUUGGCCUAUAUGCUGACGAUACAGAAGAGUUGUUGGCCUGGUGUAUAAGAUUACAAGGCGGUUAUUUGGGUGCUUUACAGGUGAAAGAGAGCCACAAAAGACGCGGUUUUGGCAGCCUAGUCACAAGAGAAAUUUCCCAUCGUAUUGCUAGUCUGGGGCAAGAUGUUAUGGCCCUGGUAAAUCCCUUAAACACAGCUUCCUGUGGCAUGUUUGACAAACUUGGCUUCAAGGUGAUCGAUCAGUGUCUUUGGCUGCGGACGGAGCCCACAAAUGGUGAAUUCACUUGGCCCGAGGGCGAGUAGUUAUUAAAAUAUUUCGUAUAUUUUAAACAUAAAUUUUUCAUAAAAUAU